UUUAUGUUCGGUUUCGAAUACACUUAUGAUGAUGAUAUACUGUCCGAUUACUUGUUAGGGUUAUCAGUUAUGUUCGGACAAUCUCCGUCGUUCAUCAACAACUUCCAUUGUUCACUUUUGCCAGGUUGUUUUCCAGCUGCAUCGACCAAAUCUCAUAAACUUACCAAAAGAAAUAACCUCUCAUCAUCCAACAUGUUCAAGAAGUUUUCAAUGGAGGAGGUUUCAUCGCAAAACCAAGUAAAGGCUUCUGUCCAACGUAGGAUUCGCCAGAGUAUUCAAGAAGAGUACCCGGGACUUGAAACGGUGUUGGAAGAUCUACUUCCCAAAAAGUCUCCUCUCAUUGUAGUCAAGUGCCCAAACCAUCUGACGCUAGUUGUUGUCAACAAUGUCCCUCUCUUCUUCUGUAUCCGUGAUGGGCCAUACAUGCCAACUCUGCGUCUUCUUCAUCAGUACCCAAAUAUAAUGAAGAGGUUUCAAGUUGAUAGAGGUGCUAUAAAGUUUGUUUUCUCUGGUGCCAACAUAAUGUGUCCUGGUCUCACAUCUCCUGGAGGUGUUCUGGAUGAAGAAGUUGAGGCAGAAAGGCCUGUGGCUAUAUAUGCAGAAGGAAAGCAGCAUGCCUUAGCAAUAGGCUUCACCAAAAUGUCAGCCAAGGACAUUAAGAGCAUCAACAAAGGAAUCGGAGUGGACAACAUGCAUUACCUCAACGACGGUCUCUGGAAGAUGGAACGACUAGAUUGAGGAACGAAGUCAAAUGUCGUGUGAAUCAAUCAUUCUGGAGGAGAUCUCCUUUUUUAUGUCUCUAAACUUUUAUGGAGCUUUUGUCUGGAUCUCAACCUUAGUCAUCUGUUUUCAAAUAUUUGAUGUUUUGUUUUUUUACGAGAACAACAUCAACCUUAGCUAAGGUUAUACAGUUUCCCAAUAUUUUACUAGCUCCGUAUUAACCAUGGCUUUAA